AUAUUCGAAUUUCAGGAGAUGGUCGUAAUGUGGGACGCAAAGUAAAACACGUCAUGAUAACAAUGACAUUAUUAAAUGAUCUAAAUGGAUUACAGAAACCAGAUAAUCACUACACAUUAGUUUUAUAUCCAGGUGCUGAAACAUAUGAUUCUCUUAGAAAUGCACUAGCUCCUUUAAUUUCUGAUUUAAAUGUAUUAAAAGAGAGAGGUUUUUAUCAAAUAGGUGGUAAUCAUUGGCCAGUAGAAUUGUAUUUCAGUUUUGAUUGGAAAUUUUUGGCAAUUUUUUUGGGAAUGAAAGCUGCUAACGUACAAUACUUUUGUCCUUGGUGUGAUUGUAGCAAAAAUGAUAUUAUUACUACGUCAAAAACAAUUAACAAAUCAAUGGAUGAUAUUAAAAUUAAUUACAAACAAAUAAAUGGCCACAUCAAAGAACCAUUAUUUUAUAUGAUACCACUACAAAAUUGGGUAGUUGAUGAAUUGCAUAUUUUUUUGCGGAUAACAGAUAGAUUGUGGGAGCUAAUGAUUUCUGAUCUUCGCCAUGAAACUGCAGAUGAAGAAAUUUGGAAAGCCAAAAUUUUAUUGGAAAUGCAGAGGCUUAACAUAUCAUUUCAAUUUUGGCAUGAAAAAAAUACCAAUAAUUUAUUAUACACUUCGCUGAUGGGUCCAGACAAAUUAAAAAUCCUCAAAGGAUUUGAUCUUUUUGCUGUUUCGUGCUUUGUGGGAUCAAUUUAAUGAACUAUAUCAUUUAAUGCAAGACAAGAAAACAACAGGCAAAUUUUUUCGUUAUAAGGCCAAAUCUUGGUUAGAUGCAUUUACAGCUCCUUCUACAGGACAUCCAAAUAGA